AGAGAUGGGGACUGAGCCCGCAAAGCAGGUCUCCUGGGGCCCCUACUCCGGGGACGAUGAGGAGGCAUACUCGGCUGAGCCGCUGCCAGAACUCUGCUACAAGGCCGACGUCCAGGCCUUCAGUCGGGCCUUCCAACCCAGUGUCUCCCUGACGGUGGCUGCGCUGGGUCUGGCCGGCAAUGGCCUGGUCCUGGCCACUCACCUGGCGGCGCGACGUGCUGCCCGCUCGCCCACCUCCGCCCACCUGCUCCAGCUGGCCCUGGCCGACCUUCUGCUGGCCCUGACCCUGCCCUUUGCCGCAGCCGGGGCUCUGCAGGGCUGGAGUCUGGGAAGUGUCACCUGCCGCGCCAUCUCGGGCCUCUAUUCGGCCUCCUUCCACGCCGGCUUCCUCUUCCUGGCCUGUAUCAGCGCCGACCGCUACGUGGCCAUCGCGCGGGCCCUCCCAGCUGGACCGAGGCCCCCGGUGCCGGGCCGUGCACACUUGGUCUCAGUCAUCGUGUGGUUGUUGUCGCUGCUCCUGGCGCUGCCUGCUCUCCUUUUCAGCCAGGACGGGCAGCGAGAAGGCCAGCGGCGCUGCCGUCUCAUUUUCCCCGAGGGCCUCACGCAGACGGUGAAGGGGGUGAGCGCCCUGGCGCAGGUGGUCCUGGGCUUCGCGCUGCCGCUGGGCGUCAUGGCGGCCUGCUACGCGCUCCUGGGCCGCACGCUGCUGGCCACCAGGGGGUCCGAGCGCCGGCGCGCGCUGCGCGUCGUGGUGGCCCUGGUGGCAGCCUUUGUGGUGCUGCAGCUGCCCUACAGUCUCGCCCUGCUAUUGGAUACUGCUGACCUCCUGGCGGCCCGCGAGCGGAGCUGCCCCGCCAGCAAGCGCAAGGAUCUGGCACUGCUGGUGACCGGGGGCUUGGCCCUCGCCCGCUGCGGUCUCAACCCCGUGCUCUACGCCUUUCUGGGCCUGCGCUUCCGCCAGGACCUGCGGAGGCUGCUACGGGGUCGAGGCUGUAGUCCAGGGCCUCACCACCGCGGCCGCUGCCCCCGCCGGCCCCGCCUUUCUUCCUGCUCGGCUCCCACGGAGACCAACAGUAUCUCCUUCUGGGACUACUAGGGCUGCGAAUCAAGAGGAGGGGGGCGGGCUGAGGAAAUGAUUCCAGGGAGGGUAGCGGGAAGGGGGAGUAGGUGGGGGACACUGAGAAAGAGGUAGGGACAUCAGGAAUUGCUUCUGUACUUCGGCACAUUAAACUGACAACAUGGAAAUGA